UGUUGUAGUUUUGAGAAAACUCACUUGAUUCUCAAACCCAUCCAAACGGACAGUUAGCUCGAUUGCAGACCACUUUAACAACCAUGGGCCGUCAUUCUCCAUCCACUCGCCGUCACCGGAGCCACCGCAGCAUCUCACCUCCGCCGCGAGACAAGCAAAAACCUUCAACUCGUUCACCUGAUUCUCCUCCUCCUUCUUCUCAUCGCUCUCGUUCUCCUUCUCCACGAACCAAACGGUUGAAGAAAAUUCAAUCCGAACGAGAACCCAAACGCGAGCAUGAGAGGAACCGUGACAGUAACAGCAGAGGGAGGGAUUCGGAGAGGGAAGAAUUUGACCGGAAGGAGAGGAGGAGAGUGGAUAAUGAUGAUGAUAGUGGAAGGAACGGCAGAUCAUCUAGGUCGAAGCAUGAUAGGUCGCCGGAGCACCGUCACAACGGAAGGGGCAGACAUAGGUCUCAGUCGCCGCAGCGUCACUCAAUGCCUCGUGAUGAGGGGAAAAACUCAAGAGAAGCUGAAAUGAUGAAUGAAGAAGAUGAUUCCUUAAUGAAGAUGAAGGCUGCUGAAGAGGCUCUGCAAGAAAAACAAAAGGUAAAACCUUCGUUUGAGUUAUCAGGAAAACUUGCAGAAGAAACUAAUCGAGUCAGAGGUAUCACUUUGUUGUUCAAUGAACCACCAGAGGCUCGAAAACCUGAUGUUAAAUGGAGGCUCUAUGUUUUCAAGACUGGUGAAAUGUUGAAUGAGCCCCUAUAUAUACAUCGCCAAAGUUGUUACCUUUUUGGAAGAGAAAGAAGGGUUGCUGAUGUCCCAACAGAUCAUCCUUCUUGCAGCAAGCAACAUGCUGUUAUUCAAUUCCGGCAAGUUGAAAAGGAGCAACCUGAUGGUAUGAUAGUAAAGCAAACAAGGCCUUACAUAAUGGACCUCGGAAGCACAAACAAAACAUUCGUUAAUGAUAGUCCCAUUGAACCUCAACGGUAUUAUGAACUUAGGGAGCAGGACACCAUUAAAUUUGGUAAUAGUAGCCGAGAAUAUGUAUUACUGCACGAGAACUCUGCUUCUGCUUCGUGAUCAGCAUUGAAUUCUCCAUAUCUGUACCAUCCUGCUCAUCAGAAGUGAUCAAAACAACAUUUUGUACCAGUAGUUUUUCUAAUCAAGUCCAACUGUUGUGUAUUCCUUCUUUUCAGAAAGAUUGUAGGUCAGUUUAUUGACACAGAUUAAAUAUUUAUGCUAAGUUGUAAGCCAAAUGAGAAUGUCAGAGCCUUGCUUAAGCGAAAUGCCCCUUUGAAGAUA